AUGCGCAUUUACCUUGCUUUAGCAUUAGUUCUAUCCACAUCCGUUCUUGGAGCUCCAGCUCCAGCGGUAGAAUCGAACACGUCCAGUACGAGGCUUCCGUCAGCGCCCGCCCACCCAUCGCCGACAACGGACCCGUCAUAUCCGAGUCCAACGGUCCCAUACGCGUCUAACGAGCUGAACGAAUCGUUCCUUAGCAAAUUUCGAGACGAGGUCCCAGAGCCUAUACGUGGGUCAAAAGGCGCCAACAUUCUUGGCCCUCAGAACGUCGAAAUUGACCGUCAGAAUCCCGACCUGCUUGCACCACCCACAACAGACAGCGGCUCGGUUUCAAAUGUUAAGUGGCCAUUCAGCUUGUCUCACAACCGUGUUCAAGACGGUGGUUGGGCGCGCCAGCAGAAUGUCCACUCGAUGCCGAUCGCAACAACGAUGGCUGGCGUAAACAUGCGCCUGAAAGCUGGAGGAAUACGUGAGUUACAUUGGCAUAUCACUGCAGAGUGGGCCUACGUUCUAGCAGGAAGUUGCCGUAUUGUUGUGGUCAAUGCUGAGGGACAAAACUAUAUUGCUGACGUCUAUCCUGGAGACCUCUGGUACUUCCCGCCAGGCAUUCCUCAUGUACUCCAAGGGCUGAAUGACACUGCUGAUGGUUGCGAGUUCCUCCUUGUGUUCGAUGACGGAGAGUUCAGCGAAGACUCUACCUUCUCGGUUACAGAUUGGAUGGCCCAUGUUCCUAAGGAAGUCUUGAGCAAGAACUUCCAGGUCAACGCAUCUGCCUUCGAUCACAUUCCAGACCGUCAGCUUUGGAUGCUACCAAGCGCUGUUCCAACAGGCAGCGCCGAGGAGCAAGGAGUAAAGAGUCCGCAAGGCGUAUCUACACUGCCUUACACGUUUGCUGCAAGCAAGGCUAACUCCAUCAAGGUUCCGGGUGGAACUGUCAAAGUUGUCGACUCGCGUACGUUCGAAGUCAGCAAGACUAUUGCAAUGGCGGAGGUAACUGUAGAGGUCGGGGGAAUGCGCGAGCUUCACUGGCAUCCAACCCAGCCCGAAUGGUCUUAUUUCAUUGAGGGCGAAGCACGUAUAACAGCAGGAGAUAUCGGAUAUGUCCCUCCAUCAUUCGGGCAUUACGUCGAGAACAUUGGGAAUACGACGCUCAAGUUCCUUGAGAUCUUCAACUCCGACAAGUAUGAGGACAUUUCGCUCAAUCAAUGGCUGGCUCUCACACCGCCGGAGAUGGUUAAGGCUCACCUGCAACUGAGUGAUGACACGAUCAACAAGCUGCAGAAAGUGAAGCCGAUCGUAGUGGGGCCUGGGCUGUCGUAA